AUGGCAUCGAAGAUCGCGGCAAAUGCACCGCUCGUAGCGGUUGACGUGUUUGGUCAGCAUGUGGUUCAAGAGCUCAAGACAUUCCGCUCGCGGAUCCCUGCGAAAAGUGGGACCGCGCCGCUGUUUGUGGCUAUGCAAGGUCCGCAGGGGUCGGGCAAGACGACAGUGACUCGCUCGCUCGUACAGCAUCUCGAAUCAAUCGGACUGACGGUUGGGGUACUUUCAACGGAUGAUCUUUACCACACACAUGAAAAUCUGCGGCGCGUAGCAGAGGAGAGCGCAGCGAAUCCGCUUCUCUCGGGUCGAGGCCAGCCUGGAACGCAUGAUAUCGAGCUUGGCACUCAGAUCCUUGACCAAGUGUACAACAUCAAUACGCCGCGUGCAAGUACGCAGAACGCAGUGGUUCAAUUGCCAGUAUUUGACAAGAGCUUGUUCAACGGCGAGGGCGAUCGAGCACCAUGCUCGGAUACGGCUCCGACAGUAGCACCGCCAUUAGAUGUGUUUAUAUUAGAAGGCUGGAGCAUGGGAUUCUCACCAAUGUCAGCCGCCGAAGUGGAGUCGAAACAAGCAGCGAGUAGCCCAGAUUCGCCUUUGCGGCGCUACACUCUGGAUGCACUGCAGCAGAUCAAUCGCAACCUGGGAGCGUACACAGCAUGGUACACCCACUUCAAUGUCUUUCUGCAGAUCCGGCCGACAGAUCUCGAGAAUGUGUACAUCUGGCGAACGCAGCAGGAACAUGCGAUGAAGGCCAGAAACGGUGGGUUUGGCAUGUCGGAUGAUGGCGUAAAGGCUUUUGUCGAGCGAUACAUGCCUGGCUACCACCUGUUCCUGGAUACGAUCCAGCAGAACGAGCAAUGGAAGGGAAAGGGCAAGACUAUCACCAUCGACAUAGAUCGCACGAUCGUCGAGGUGCACGAUUGGUAG